GGUGGGAUCCUAGAUGACCUUAUCAUCACCAAGGAUGCUGAAGACCGCUUCUACGUGGUUUCUAACGCAGGUCGCAGGGACUGCGACAUUGAUUUGUUCAACCAACGCAAGGAUGAGUUUGAUAAAAGAGGAAGAAGAGUCCAGCUAGAGUACCUGGACCCUCUGGAGCAAGGAUUAGUUGCGCUUCAGGGUCCUGAAGCGGCAAAAGUCCUCCAAAAGCUGGUUGAAGUUGAUUUAAAUGAAGUUUAUUUUAUGAAUUCUGUUGAGACCCAGGCUAAGAAGGUUAAUGUGAGGAUUACUAGGUGUGGGUACACUGGGGAAGAUGGUUUCGAGAUUUCUUUCAAGGGGAGACAUGCUGAAGAUAUUGUGGAGAUGAUUCUAAGGCAGCAAGAGGUUAAGAUGGCUGGUCUUGCUGCUAGAGAUAGUUUAAGGUUAGAAGCUGGUUUGUGCUUAUAUGGUCAUGAUAUUAAUGAAGAAACAACACCGGUUGAAGCUGGGCUUACUUGGCUAAUUGGUAAAAGUUUUUAUUACACUUAA